AUGAAUCCUACACCUGAGAACCUACAGCAUCUAGCAAACUUUCUUGGACAGACUUUGUCUCCGGACCCAACUGCUAGGAAGGGAGCAGAAGCGCAGCUGAAUCAAGCCAAAGUACAGCCUGGAUACCCUCUGCUCCUGUUGAGACUAGUUGGUGCCUCCGAGCCUGCUGCUGAGAUUCGGCUUCAAGGUGCAAUCCAGCUGAAGAACUUGAUCAAUAACCACUGGAUUGCUAGCGAGAGUCAUGAUUUCUCUAUCUCGGACGCUGAUAAGGCUGCUGUCAAGGCCGAGAUCGUGUCGGCUAGUAUGACUGUGCCUGAGAAAUUGCAGCCUUUCUUGUCUGAAUCUUUGAGCACGAUCUGCAAUGCUGACUUCCCUCUUGAUCAAAAGUGGCCCGAGCUCUUGCCGCAGCUCAUGUCGAAUCUGGACAGCGACAAUCCAGCAGUUGCUGUUGCAACCUUAAAGAUUAUCCAUGCUAUCGCGCAGAAGUAUGUGACUGCCUCUCACACGGACGAACUGUGGGCUGAAAUCAAAGCAGUCUUGGCACUUCACGAAAGGCUUCUCAGGACACACUCGAGCUGUCUGGCCAUGGUACAACAACAAUCCGGAAACAAAGCCAUUCUGGAGGUCCUUUUUCAGACGCUUGAACUCCUGGCUCGCAUCUUUUACGAUUUGAACUACCAAGAUAUCCCAGAGGUGUUUGAGGACAACUUGGAUGUGUGGAUGCAAGGGUUUCACCAACUUCUAAACCUUCCAGAUCCUGUGAAAGCUCUCUUCAACGAUAAUGACGAGAAGCUCUCUUCACUCUACCAGAUGCAACGAGCCAUCUGCGAGGCCCUGCAUCUGUAUGCUGACAAGUACAUCGUCAUUGUGGAUGACUCGGAUCGAGGCUCAAGGCCCGAUGAAAGACCGGUCUUCCAGAAGCACCUUGGAACCUUUGUGGAAGAUGUUUGGGCGCUCUUGACGCAUCUCGGUGUUCAAUAUCAAUUCGAUCAGCUGGCUGCUGCCGCCAUCAGGUUCUUGUCCUCGGUGUUGAAAGGCACGCACUACACCUUCUUCCAACCAGCGCACCUGCAGAGCAUUGUGAACAAUGUCGUCGUGCCUGGACUGCGCAUUCGUGAAAGCGAUGAAGAAGAUUUUGAAGACAACCCCUUGGAGUAUAUGCAACGCGACCUGGAAGGUGGAGUCACAGACACAAGGAGGGGAGUGACAUGUGAGUUGGUGAAUGCAAUGUGUAUUCACUUUGAAGCGCCUACUUCGCAACUUUGCAUGACUGAGAUAGAAUCAGCUCUGAAUCAGUACCAGGCAGAUAACAGCAAGUGGAAGGCAAAAGAUGCCGCAAUCUAUCUGUUCAUCGCCUUGGCUGUCAAGGCUGAGACAAAAGCAGGAGGUGUUGUGAUGAUCAACCCGCACGUUGACAUCGUUUCGUUCUUUCAGCGUUAUGUCCUUCCAGAUUUGCAAGCUGUGACUGCAGCGAACGUCUCUAAGAAUCCAAUUCUUAUGGCGGACUUGCUCAAGUUUCUGCUUAUCUUCCGAAACCAGCUUCCUAAGGAGGCCUAUGCAGUCAUGUUUCCUAUUUUGAAUGUCCUCUUGACUUCGCAAGACUGCAUCGUCCACACCUACGCAGCAUGUUGCUUGGAGAAGAUGCUGACUGUCAAGGAUGGAGAAGUUCCCAGGGUGGGCAGGGUGGAGCUGCAGCCCAUGUUGCAGCCGUUUUUGACCAACUUGUUCGCUGCCCUCAACCAUACUGCGUCAAAGGAGAAUCCCCACAUCAUGAAGUGUGUCAUGAGGAUGAUCAACGUGGCUCAGGCUGAUGUUGUCACGGUUGCUGCUCUGCUGGCCGGAAAGCUAACUGAAAUUUUGAGCGACCUGUGCAACGUUUCAUCAUUACAUCUUGAGACGUUAGCAGGAGUUAUCAAGCAAAUAUGCGUCGCUGGUGACGUCAACGCUGUCAAUGCGAUGGAAGGAAUGUUGUUGCCACCGUUCAAGAUGGUCAUGGAGCAAGACAUUACUGAAUUCCAGCCUUACUUUGUUCAACUGGUGGCGCAACUGCUCGAGAAGCGACCUGCCCCGAUCCCGGAAGUCUAUGUUCAAACCCUGCCUAUUCUUUUGCAACAACCAGUGUGGGCAUCAAAGGCCAAUCAACCUGCAUUGAGCCGACUGAUCAAAGCCUACAUCAAUCGCAUUACCGACGUCAUUAUCGCUAACCAGGCUUUGUUCCAUCAAAUACUUGGCCUUAUACAAUUUUUGAUGAUGUCGAAGAUGACAGAUAACUAUGCUUUUGGUAUUCUGAACUCGAUCCUUUGCCAUGUUCCGUCAAGCAAGUAUCCCGAAUUCUUGCCUGUGUUGACAAAUGCUGCUCUGGAUAGGUUCCAAAAGCUUCCACAAGCUAGCAACGGAAAGUUCUUGCGUGGCUUGAUAGUCUUUUUCAGCCUGUACAUCGCUAAGCAUGGACCCGAGAUGUUGCUGGACCAACUUGAAUCAACUCAGGCUGGUCUCAUGGAGCAGUUCUUGACUCACGUCUGGGUUCCCAAGUUAAAUCAAGUUGUCAACGACUCAAUUGAUAAGAAAGUUUGCCAGAUCGGUAUGUGCAGACUAUUAUGUGAAAGCCCAAGGGCACACAAGUAUGGGUGCUGGGCCACUGCCAUGGAUGCAGUAUGUAAAUCUUUACAGAACAAUCGGGGGGGUAUUCAUAUGAACAACAAUGUUGAAGACGAUGUGGACUUUGAAUUCUUGGUCAGCUACAACAACUCAUCCUUCAUGGCGCUACACAACGCAGCGCAGGACAAGGCAGCCACUGACCCUCUCCCGGAUGUCCCGGACGCUGGGAGGUUUGUGAUCGAGAAGCUGCAGCAAACAGCCUCGCAGGCUCCCAACUUGGCUCCCACGAUCCAGACUUUGGCUCAGCAGUACCAACUUUCAUGA